CGCGGCCACGUGGACCGCAGGUUACACACAACCUGACCAGCGGAGGGUGUGUGUCGCUGCUCUCCUCAAAAGUCUUUCACUGAAAGUUCCCGCUUUCGAACAACUUGCGUUGCUGGAAGCCUAUUAUUUUUCUCUCUCAGGGACUUGCUAUCGUCAACAUAUGUUAUUUUAAUACGUUUUAAAGGGCGUAAGGAAGGAAAAUGAAUUUAUUAAAUGUAUUCAUGAGUGCAGUUGGUUGUCUGCUAUCGUGUUUGACAGUGGCCGGCCACAGAGUGCCCAACUUUGUGGCCCAAGACGACUUGAGUGAUGGGCAGCACGAGAUCAGAAUACACUACAAUGGUGUCAACGCCAAGCAGACGUCUGUUGGUCGGGAACAAGGCAGUAACAGCGGGCUGGUCUUGAGACAAGUCAGUCAUCGUCGUCACCUACUGACCCUCAUCUACGUCGGAGAGGUGUCCGACGAUCUGAAUGUCGACGGCCUCUCGCUCAGAGACUGCGAGCUAACCUCGGACCACACUGAGGUAGACCGCUUCUUGGACACCUUCGACGACGACGUAGAGACCGCCAAAAACACUCCUACCGGGCGGUGGUCGGGGCGCCUCCACAACGUGACAUUCGUGCACCUGGACAGUGAGAGUGAGCUGCCAGAAUACCUGAGACCCAUCACACACUUCAGGGACCUCAGGGCACAGUGCAAGACUCACCAUCGUACCGUGAGGAAGGCGGUGAAGGCGCGGAGACGGUCCCAGAGGAGUCAUCACAACAGCCAGACACAGUCCAGGUGGCGGCGGGCCGUGUUGGAACACCUGCGGUUCUUUCCCUCGACCAAGUGGUGUGGCGCCGGGUACAGAGCCUCGGUAUACGGGGAGCUUGGUGGCUCCUCCGGGGCUGACAAGUGCUGUCGUCAGCAUGAUAUGCACUGUCCCUAUUAUAUCGGAUCCUUCGAGACCAAGUAUGACCUCAUGAACUGGGCCAUCGGCACUAUCAACCACUGCGCCUGUGAUGAGAGAUUCAAAGCGUGUCUUAAGAUGGCUCGCACCGGUGCUGCCGACAUGGUUGGUAACGUGUUUUUCAACGUUGUGAAGACCCGCUGCUUCAGGUUCGAGAAACAGAAGGUGUGCAGAAAGUGGUCAUGGUGGGGCCGCUGUGAGAAGUACAGCAUGAAGAACGUCGCUGUUUUGAGGGAUAAUGUGCCAUACAAUUCCUGAACGCUGAGUUACCACUCAUUCCUACCACACAAACUGUCAGCUCCCGACACUUCACGCGCACUACUCCAGAAGCGGGUACUUGGCUUGGCCUAAACAUGUUUGAAGGAACCAACAGUACCACUCUGAUUGUUUUGAAAGCGAAGAACCAUCCCGUUUUCCAGAGAACACAAGUCACACAAGUCCCUCGAGCGAAUACUACAACCAGCAUGUAUCUCCAAAAGAUGAUUCCAAUUUAGUUGUAUCUUGGAAGAUACUUGAGGUUCGUGUCAUUUUUCAAAGCCCACGACGCAUGCUGUUCUUUGCACAAAUUAUAUAACAGUGCGGUUCUCCAGAAGUCUUCAACCGGUGCAGUUUUGUAGAGUGAAAAAAUACAAACCAAGAUUUGUCUCUGGGGAAGCUGACAGAUUCACGCAGUUCUCUCGGUGGAAGACUUAAACCAGAGCGCUUCUUCCAUAAGAACCUUACGGGAAAAGGCUUUUGAUGAAGCCUUUAAGAGCCUGGUGCUCUAGAUGGGUCUCGGAUGAACACGGGAUUUAUGAGUUGGCGAGUGCAGUGUUCAACACUGCACUCGCCAACACUGUUCUCCCGCCAAGACCCAUCACACAUGGUCACCACUGUUCCUCAACGUCACGGCGUGGCUAGUUGCAGUCUCGGUGGAGGCCACAGUGACCAGGCUCUGAUACCAAAGAUUGGUGGUCCUCAUCCUCGAGCGUGAGGCGUUCUCCUACCACCAUGGACUUCUCCACUGCUGUGGCUCUCCUAUUUUAUUAGCACACUUGUGAACAUCCGCAUUAUGCGGCUCCGCCAGACUAUAUGAAGGGUUAGAUUGCCAACUGCUCAUUUUGUUACAAAACCAUGAGGUCUAUUCCUUCUACCCCUCGAUGAUAUAUACAAUGAAUAAAGUAUCACAAUAAAUAAUUAGGCAUAUUGAAUAAUUUUGUGUUUAUAAAGUAAUGUAUCUAUCCAUACAGAUAUAACAAACAUUACUCCACAAACAUAUUAAUACCAAUUUCUCAUUAACAGAAAAUUAUUAGAAUCUAAUUUUCAUUGCCAAUAUUUUCCACUGUCUCAUUAUCAACGAGGGUUACCAAUAUAGAGAAUAUUGGUUGUUAAACCUUAUUCUAGAUGUUGUAUGAAAACUCUAGCUUAAAGAUAUGGUCAAAGUUCUUAUACUGGACAAUAGAACCAGAGGGACAUUAUGCAUAGUCAGUUUACUUAACAAUGGUGCUACAGGCAGAAACUUGUACUAGAGCAACCAUGUGUUUAUUACAUGGUUGUAUAUAUUCAUCUUGUAUGGCAGGCUAGUCAGGGAAGCCUAGUGAGUGUGUGAGACCCACUCACGCAGCGGUGGAGGUCAUAUCACUGUACCAAAGUAUAAUGUUUUAUGUUACAACAUUGUAUUUUCACCAUCUUUGUCCGGUCCACUUUUUCACUACUGCACUCUCCCGUAUUUCAUACCUGUAAUGUCAUUAUAUUUGACAUCAAUCUCGCCACAACCAUAUUUCUACAUCAUUAUAUAAAUCAUAGCAUCGCUAAAUACGCAACGUUCAUUAAUAUAAAGUCACCAAAAACAUUGUUUCAUUCAAUCAUCCUGGAGCUCACCUCAUAAGUGAAGCGUCGUAGGCUCUAGUAUUUCCUAGCAUAAACAUAGGACUAGAUUGAUGUGCCAUAUUGUACCACAAUGCAACAUGGAAGCAGCAUAUCUGGACAACGCUCACAGUAUAAAUUACAUGUAAGUAAACUCUUAGAUGUGUAGUUGGUCAAUGUCUCGUACAGUGUUCUACAUAUUUAUAUAGGUGCAUAGCCUAAAUUUAUAUGUACAGGAAGUAUUCUUUAUUUGUGUUAUAUCUUUUGUUCUCUUGUACAUGGUUGUACUGUAUAGGUUAAUUUAGAUACUGUUCCAUGUGUUUGUGCGUAAUGUAAUGUUUCUUGAAAUGUUGUAAAUACAAAAUAUUUAUUUUUCUUCAUUGUAUCAGUAACAUUUACACUAUUUUGUAAGAGCGAGCAAAUAGUGUCGACACACGCUAUUUAUAGACUAUCAUAAAACUAUUUUAAUUAUUUAUUACCAGGUUAAAAACUCUAAAAUACAAUUUAUAUUGUGAAGAAUAAACAGUUUGUGCUAAAUACCGAUAUUUGUAACUGUCGUAUUAUGACUUUCUUAUGGAAUAUUUAAGACGGAUAUCUAUAUAUAUAUAUAUAUAUACAGUGGAUGUUAUUGCCAUUUGUGACACAUUCCCAUAAGUUUCUAAGUUCCUAUUUUGGAAAUAUCUAAUAGAUGGCAUUUACCUGUACAGUAUUACUAAAUUUUAGAAUAAAAUAUUAAAGAUU